GCGAUUCAUUUUAUUUCUUUUUACAGCAAAACUUCUGUCUACGAAGAUGGCCUAUAUGUUUUCUGAUGGAUAUGGAUACUUACAAAACUCAGCUGGUGGAUUAGUAUCUGCCGUUAAUAGAAAAUAUAAAAAGAAGUAUAAAAAAACUAAAAGAACAAUCAAUGACUUAGUUUUUGAAAAUGCAGCUCUUUGUGACCAAGUUUCUCUGGUGCAAAAAAAGAUUCUCAUUGUGAAGGAAGAAAAGAGGUUUUUGCUCAAGAAACUAUAUAAUCUUCAGGCAAUUGCAGAAACAGACAAUCAGCUGCAAAUCCACACCCCAAAACUUCCAACAGCAGGGCUCAGCUCACCUUCAGCUACAUCCGACACAAGUUCUUCAGCUAAAAAAUCAUCUGCUAAGAAAAGAUGUAUGCCUGAAACUCCAGAAAGCCACAAAAUUAAUCCAAAAUUGAAAAAAGGUAGCACAGCAAAAGCAAAGAAAAUAGUACAGCCAAUUCCUCUUGAUAUAACUGGUCGUCCUGUUUUCCCGAUUGCGCUCGGAGGAUUAACGGUACAUAGCCUGGGAGAGGUGAGAACAAGAUUUUAUUUUGAAUCAUCUUACAAUAAACAUACUGCAUAAUACCAGUUUAGUUAAGUUGUCAAAAGGUAAUAUGGUUAGGAGAAUUUGAAAAAUAAUUUACUUACAUAUUUUCAUGAUAAAAUCAAUUUAUUUCAAAUGAUUACCAAAGAAGCAGAAGUGGAUAGAACUGUGACAAUUGGUGCUACUAGCCAGUUUAAGACUACCCAACUAGAUAGUAUGACUUGAAUUCCAUAUAAGUAUAUUAUGAGUGCACAUGGUUAUCCUUUGGAAAGGGAAUGUGUACCUCGAUCUUUUCAUAUUACAGAUUUGGCCAGGCAUGUAGUAGCAUUCUGGUAUGUUACAUUGAUUC